AUGACAAAAUUAAUUACUGUAUUUGGUGCAAGUGGUCAACAAGGUGGUGGUGUAGUUCAAGCAUUAUUAAAGAAUCCAAAUUAUAAAGUUCGUGCAUUAACUAGAAAUCCAGAAAGUGAGACAUCAUUGAAAUUAAAAGAACAAGGUGUUGAAGUUGUAAAAUGUGAUGAUUCCGAUUCAAAAGAAAUUAUUCAAGAAGCAUUAAGUGGUAGUUAUGGUGUAUUCUGUGUUACAAAUUAUUGGGGAUAUUUUGAAAAAGAAGUUGAAUACGGUAGAAAUAUGGCAGAUGCUGCAUUGGCUGCCGGCAUUAAACAUUUCAUAUUCAGUGGAUUAACACCAAUGAAUGAAAUUUCUCAAGGUCGUUUCUCAGUACCACAUUAUGAUCAAAAAUAUUUAAUUGAAAAAUAUAUUAGAGAAUUAUCAAAAUUAAAUCCAAAAACAUUCAUUUCAUCAUUUGUUUAUGCACCUGGAUAUAUGCAAAAUUUUUUAACAUUUUAUAAACUAAAAAAGAAUAUUGAGUCGGAUGGUUCGGAAACAUACACAUUGUCAACUCCAAGUGAUCCAAUUGGAAAACCAUUGGAUAUUGGAGAUAUCACUGAAAUGGGUUACAUUGUUGAGUCAAUCCUAUCAGAUCCAAUUAAAUAUUCCGGCUCUGUUAUACCAAUGUCUGGUGAUUGCCUAACCGGUCCACAAAUUGCUGAAAUUUAUUCAAAAGUCACUGGAAAAACUGUAAAUUUUGAAUUUAUCCCACCAUCAGUUUUCCGUACCUUACCAUUUAUUCAUCAUAGUGAAGACAUAGCAUCAAUGUAUGAAUUUUGUAAUGAAUACGGUGCAUUUGGUGGCAUUGAUACAUCAAUUGCUCCAAAAAUGCAUAAAUUAAAAACAUUUGAAGAAUUUUUAAUUUCCCAAAAUGUAAAAUUGGAAUAA